CUUUAUAAAUUGCCAGCGCCAGCGAUCUCGAGUUCUCACGCGUCCAUUUUUUGGGGAGCUUCACUUUCGGAACAAGGCAAACAAAAAAAUCAAAAAAUCAAACCCGAAAUCAAAAAGGGAAAAAAAUUGGUCGAAGAUCGUCGAUGGAUUCUCUCCGCUUCGUUCGGGGGCUGCCACCCAUGCCAAUCUCCGCCAGCGGAGCUGCCGGGCGACACCAAUCUCCAGCGGCGCAGGUUAGCGUGGCGGGUCCCAGGGCCGAGGCAGAGGAGGUCGAGGGGAGGAGGAAAAGGGGGAACUGGGUUUUGAAUAUUCUAAGGGUUGGGUCGACUUGGGAGAAGGGGAGGGAGAAGAAGGUUGCUGUUGAUGCGGGUGAGGAUCUGGUUGAGGGUUUGGGUGCAGAUAGUAGAUGUUUGGAUUGCGAUGAAUGCGUUGUCGAUGAUGAAGAGAGAGAGGUUUUUGAUAGGGAUUCGUUUUCGAGGUUGUUGAGGAGAGUGUCGAUCGUUGAGAUGGAGAUUUAUGCGAAGAUGUCGUAUCUUGGGCGCUUGGCUUAUUCUAUUCCAAAAAUCAAGCCAGCUAGCCUUCUUAAAUACCACGGUCUUCGUUUCAUCACCUCAUCACUAGAAAAGAGAGCCAAAUCUUCAAAUGCUGAGGAGAAGACACCAGAUCCUAAUAAACCAGAGGAAAAAUUGCCCAAUAAUGUUACAAGUUCAGAGUCUUCAACAGUAGCAGAAGAUAAUGAAAAACAAAACAAAAAGACUCCUAUUAUAAGUCCGUCUACUGCUUAUCAUAUAGCUGCAGCUGCUGCCUCCUUUGUUCAAUCUCAAACGAAGAGCAUUAUUCCCUUUGGAGCUCCAAAGGCAAAGGAUGGAAAGGACAGUGAAGACGAGAACGCAAUCUCAUGUUCGGAGAUGGCAUCUUUUGUGGCCACAACGAACUCAGUUACUGCAGUUGUUGCUGGUAAAGAAGAAAUGAAGCAAGCUGUUGCCAAGGAUUUGAGCUCUGCACAAUCCUCUCCCAGUGAGUGGUAUAUAUGCGACGAUGACAAAAGUGGCACGAGAUAUUUCAUCAUUCAGGGUUCUGAGUCGUUGGCAUCUUGGCAAGCAAAUCUUCUAUUUGAGCCCAUUCAGUUUGAGGGAUUGGAUGUACUCGUGCACAGGGGUAUUUAUGAAGCUGCCAAAGGUAUCUACCAGCAAAUGCUACCAGAAGUGAAAGCUCAUUUAAAAGCUAGAGGGGACUCCGCUACUCUUCGAUUCACUGGGCAUUCUCUUGGUGGAAGCCUCUCUUUGCUUGUGAAUCUAAUGCUGCUGAUACGAGGAGAAGCGCCAUCAUCGGCUUUACUGCCUGUAAUUACAUUUGGUGCACCAACCAUUAUGUGUGGAGGUGAUUAUCUACUUCGCAAGUUGGGAUUACCUCAAACUCAUGUGCAAGCUAUUACAAUGCACAGAGACAUUGUUCCAAGAGCCUUCUCUUGUAAUUAUCCAGAUCAUGUAGCUAAGAUUCUUAAAGCUGUCAAUGGAAAUUUCCGUAAUCAUCCGUGUCUCCAACAUCAGAAAUUGUUAUAUGCUCCUAUGGGGAAGCUCUUGAUCCUACAACCAGAAGAAAAAUUCUCACCAAAUCAUCACCUUCUCCCACCCGGGAGUGGCCUCUAUCUUUUAGGGCACCCAUUAUCAAAUUCCGAUGAUUCAAUGAAGCAUCUUCUAUCAGCACAACUCGCCUUUCUCAACUCUCCUCACCCUCUUGAGAUCCUUAGUGAUCGCUCAGCUUAUGGUUCUGAGGGUACAAUCUACAGAGACCAUGAUAUGGAUGCUUAUCUAAGAUCUGUUCGUAGUGUGAUUCGUCGGGAGCUUAAGCUCAUCAGGAAAGCCAAGAGACAGAGUCGAAGAAUCUUGUGGUGGCCUCUUGUUUCAACUCAAGGCAGCGAUGCCAUUAUUGGCCAGAGAGCUAGACUGACAAACAGUAAUCAGCACCAUUUCAAUUUUGUGGGUGUGUUUAAUGGAGGGAAGGACACCUUGAAGAGAUUUGGGAGGAUUAUUGCUUCAAGGAAUGUGCAAUUGUUCAUUGUAUUUUUGGCUCCUGCUCGGUUAUUGGUAAUGGGGACACUAUCCCUAUUCCCUCAUUAGUUUCAGCUGCAGUACUUGGAUUUGUAAGUGCAGUUUGUUCAAGAAGGUUGCAUUCUUUGUUCAUUGGUUCGUACUGGAAUUCAUUGUGUGGGGUAAGAUAUUUAAAAAUGUAAAUGUGUAAAAGGAAAAGAAAAUGUAAAGAAAACAUUGUAUACAAAGCUAGCCAUAUCAAUUGAUAUCAAUAUUUAAUUUUGC